UUUGGUGUUUGUAACCGAAAGCAACUUGCAGUAGAAGAAAUGAGAGUUUCUGUAACAUUCCUAUUCCUGGGCUUGUGCCUGUGCAGUGCCCUGGCGGAGGAUGACCUGGUGGAGCUGCUCAAAGACAACACGAAUGGCAUUGGAAGGGCCAAUGAGCUCCUGACCAGAAUUGCCACAGUCUACGAGGAGACCAAGGCUAACUUGGCAGCGCAGAAGGAGGCUCUCAACAUUGUUACCCUCGUACAGGAACUGCUAGCCCGACUCGAAGUAGUCCUGGUGGAGAAGACCGAUUUAAUGGUGGCCACGCUGUUCAACAUCUCAAAACAAGGCGAAGAGUAUGCCAAGCGUUCGGAAUCCGAGCUCCUGGAGCUGGCCCGUGCGCAACAGGUCACGGCGCAGCUACUCCGUGUCCUAGAGUCCAAGAUGGACGCUUACCAGACGCACGUGCUUCAAAGUGCCCGCAAUAUUGACAAAAAUAUCAAUGGCCUGGCCAGGCUGAUCACUCGCACUGUCCUGCCGCAACUGAACGGCCUGAAAUGCUCCGUUGACAGCCUGGAGACAUCGCAAAUCAACGUGGAGGUGGAGCUGAAGAGACUGGCUGGCAUUAAGGAGAUCAGCAUAAAUUCCAAUCACAAGCUUGAUGUGCUAGAACGUCAGCUUAAGGACGUGAAUCGCACCCAGGAGGUUCGCCUGGCGGAAUUGACCCACGCGGUGAAGCACCUGCAGCCGCUUAACUCAUGGAAGGUGGAGGGGGCCCUGCGCGAACUGAUCAUCUCCCAAAAGCGCAUUGAACUUGAUCUGGAGGAAUGCAGCCAUCACUCUCAGUCCUAUGAAUCAAGCUACCAAACUCCUCACCCUAAGCCCCAUCCUCAUCCUCGCCCUGAGCCUAAACGCGUCGACUUGGUGCAAGUGUGGAAUGUCAAGGGACCCCAGGAGCAAGGAGAGUAUCCAGAAUCCUCGAGAGUUUCGGCCUAUGCCCAGUCCCCGGAGCCGAAGAAAUACCACUCCCAGUCCAGUCAUAGCUCUAGCACCUGGCGGGAUUCAUUGCCUUGGGAGACUGCUCCACAAUAUAAUCCCGCUCCGGCACCAUAUGAGCAGCCCUGGAAGCCAGCGCCUGCCCACAGCUCCCACCCAACGACCAAGCCGAAGCCGUGUCCCAAGGAAGAGCAUGGCUAUAAAUCGCACUCCCAUCCUGAAUCAUCUCCAAAGCAGCCUAUCUUUAAGCCGCAGCCUGUUCAGCCUGGUGAUUCCUACAGGAUCUGGUACGAAGACGAUUCAUUGCCCCAAGGAUAUUAACGAGCUGAGAGAAAACGAUUCCGAAAAAUUAGUAACAACAAUCACAUUAAUCACAAAAACGCUCCAUACAAAAGUACAUUAAAAUCUUUUUACAUUUCGAUU